UCAUUGACCAACCAAUUUCGCUGUACCGAGAUUACAAAAAAAUAAAUAAAAAUAAUUCCGCUGUCACACUGAAGAUUUACAAAUCCAACGAUGUCGUCGUCGGAGGGAAAACUAAUUGUUGUCUCUGGUUUCGGACCAUUUAUUGGACAUGAGGAGAUCAAUGCCAGUUGGGAGGCUGUAAAGUUGCUGCCGGAGAUGCUCACUCACAAUGGCAUUGAAUAUGUAGUGGUGAAGCGCCUGGUUCCGGUCGAGUACAGAGCAGUGGAUGAGGCGUGUAAAGAGAUAUGGAGCCGCCAGCCAGAGAUGGUCAUACAUGUCGGAGUAUCGGGUAUAGCUAAAUGUGUUUAUGUCGAGAAGCUGGCCUAUAACCACAAGUUCCGGCGGGCAGACAAUUCCGGUCAGUAUUUGUCCAACGGUAGUUGUGUCCUCCCGCACAAUGGCAGGGCAAAUGUUUUGCGCUGUGGCCUUGACGUGGAUAAGAUUGUAGAGGCUGUAAAUGCAACAUGCGAGUCGUGUGUGGCCCCCGUACUUUCGAACAGUGAUAAGCCUUUGGGUGCUACAAGGGCCUCCAAAAAUGUGGGCGACUUUCUAUGCGGCUACAUAUAUCUGAAGUCUCUCGACGUGGACUCCAAGAGAAGUGUGUUUGUGCACGUACCCCCAAUAAAUAGACCAUUUAGUACCCUCCAAACGGCGGAUAUUGUUUUGAAAAUCAUUCAAGAAUGCGUUCAACAAGUGGACGCUUCUGCAUGUGUAAAUUAAAUUCCAUAUAAA